AUGUCCUUCCGAUCCAAGGUUCCGGAGACGCCCCGCGUCAUCUCGCCGAGUCCCACCCCCUCCGAACGUGAUGCCUCCGAUUACAUGGGCCCCGUUACACGUUCCGCGGCCCGGAGACGGACACCCACGCCCCAGCCGCUCCACGAAGAGCUGGAUGAGGAUAUACCUGAACCUCCCGAGUUUCGACGAGCUCGAACCCGCAGCCGCUCUCCGAUCGAUACAAACGCUGUAACGCGCCUGACAAGGCGGACAAGCACUGCUGCGAAAGCGGGCAAGAUGUCCAAGGAUACUAUUCCUGAAGAACAAGCGUUAGAUGGCGCGCUCAACGGUAACGGCAGCGGCAAUGGAAAGGCUUCCACAUCAAAUGGCCACCUUGCGCCUCCUCAGCCUUCAGCACCAACAGGAUGGUCAUGGCGCGACUUCAGCCGGAGCCCUAGUCCGCUCGGUUUGAUUCCUAUCCAUCGACACUGGAGAACAUUUGUGCACAAGCAUGAGGUACCCCGCAAGGUGCUGCACGUCUCAAUUGGCUUCUUCGUCAUUUGGCUUUACGUGACCGGCACUCAGACAACUUCAGUGACGCCUUGGCUCAUGUCAGCGCUCAUUCCUAUCACCACAGUCGACUGGCUCCGACACCGGUACGCUUCUGUCAACCGCUUCUACGUCAAGGCCCUCGGUGCCUUGAUGCGCGAGAGCGAAUAUUCUGGCUGGAACGGUGUUAUCUUCUAUCUCCUGGGUGCCUGGAUUGUUCUUUUCAACUUCCCCAAGGAUGUUGGUAUUAUGAGCGUCCUUCUGCUCAGUUGGUGUGAUACUGCUGCCAGUACCUUCGGCCGACUCUGGGGUCGAUACACCCCUCGUCUCCGCAAGGGCAAGUCUCUUGCCGGUUCCACCGCCGCCUUUCUUGUGGGCGUUGGCACAUCAUACUUCUUUUACGGCUGGCUGGUGCCCACCAUCGGUCCUUUCCCUGGCGAUGAGAACUUCAUGUUCAAGGGUAUUCUCUCACUGCCCAAGACCAUAUGCGAGGCUGUUGGCGUUUCGCAGGAACAAACAACUAUCUCAGGUGCGGUUGCUCUGGGCGUUAUGGGCCUCUGGUCCGGCUUCGUAGCUUCUGCUAGUGAAGUUGUGGAUAUCUUCGGCUGGGAUGACAACCUGACGAUUCCCGUCCUUAGUGGUAUCGGUAUCUGGGGCUUCCUCAAGAUUUUCUCAUAG